GUCUUAAUGUUAUUUAAUGUUUAAACAUAUGUUCCCUACUUGUGUCGGUUGAGUCCAUGUGAGACGCAGGUAAGAGCAGCCCUGUAACAGUGACCCCUACAGUGAACAUCGGAGUAAAUCUCAAGUUUCUGUUUUUUUUCUCCCCAAACCAAUUGGGUGAAUAUAAUGAGGUUGGGAGGGAAGGGCUAGCAAUGUAGUCAAAGAGCAAACUGCUGAAAAAAGAACAUUAACAUGGAUAAAUGGAUUUGCCAGCCCUAUAAAUACCUGCACACACCCUGCGUGCUCCAUGCGUGCCCUCAAUGCAUACAUGUAUGCCAAAAGCAAAUUCUUGGUGUCACUUAAAGGUCUGCAAGGAAAGAAAACAAUAAUCCUCAUCCUUUUGCCUUUAUUUCUUUCGUUUUGAGUUGCGGUAAUGAGUUUCCAAGCUUUUGUCACAGCUGAUUCUUUUGUUCCUCUAAAUUCGGAUUCUUCAGCUGCUUUUCCCCUCAGGAUGCACCACAGCGCUGCUGAAUACCUUCCCGUCACCAACCACACCGCCAACGUGGUCUCCACAGUCCCGUCUGUUUUGUCUUUGGUCCAAAUCCCUAAAUGUUCUCAUGUAUACGUCUCGGUGCCUGACGUGGAUAAUACACCAGCUGGGCUACACUACCCUAAUCCAUCGUGUCACUAUGGAAACCAACACCAAUCUACGUAUGGGGUGAUGGCAGGAAUUAAGCCAACUGCACCAGAAAUGCUUUCUGCAAGUAUCUCCCAGACCAGGAUUUUGCAGACAUGCAGCAUGCCUCUGUCCAACGUGGUGAAUGGAGUGGGUACUUUGCAAGGCAAGUGGAAAGUCCAUGGAUACACCUUGGCAUUUAGUGUCCAUGCUGGCAGCCUACCCCCUUGCCUGAUGAGUGCCAGCUCUUGCACCAUUGGUCACGGCUUUACACCGGUUCACCAAUCCUUGCUGGGAGAAGAUAUCACAACUACAGACUUCAAACAGGAAUUCCGGCGGAAGAAUAAGCCCAUCGACGAACCAAUUGACAUGGAUUCCCCAGAAAUCCGAGAACUUGAAAAGUUUGCUAACGAAUUUAAAGUGAGAAGAAUCAAGCUGGGAUACACACAAACAAACGUCGGAGAAGCCCUCGCUGCAGUACAUGGGUCAGAAUUUAGCCAAACAACUAUAUGUCGAUUUGAAAACUUGCAGCUCAGUUUCAAGAAUGCCUGCAAACUGAAAUCUAUACUAUCCAAAUGGCUGGAUGAAGCUGAGCAAGUUGGAGCUUUAUACAAUGAAAAAAUUGGUGGCAACGAACGAAAAAGAAAAAGAAGAACAACCAUAAGCAUAGCUGCCAAAGAAGCCCUGGAAUCCCACUUUGGAGAACAAAGUAAACCUUCUUCCCAAGAGAUUAUGAGAAUGGCCGAGGGCUUAAACCUGGAGAAGGAGGUGGUACGGGUUUGGUUCUGCAAUCGCAGGCAGAGGGAGAAGAGAGUAAAAACAAGUCUGCAUCAGAACUCUUUCAGCUCUUUCUCCAAGGACCACCAUGACUGUCGGUGAAAUAAACUGAGGCUGUGCUGAAAAUGUGUAAAUAUAUUGUACCAAUAGCCUUUUUUUUUGUAAGUCAUUUGGCGGAAUAUUACAAAAUCAUUGCUCUAUGAAGAUUACAGUAAUGGAGAUUUUGAGAAACGAAGUGCCUUUUAUAUUUGUAGGUGUCGUGUUGCUUUUCUGUUUUGUAGGAUCAGUAUUAAUAGCACCCCAACCUUUGUCCAACUCUUGUCUACCUCAGUAUAGCAGCAGAGUUAGUAGAACUGGAAAUGCUAAAGCAAGUGAGAGCAAAAAAUGGCUAUUAUGAUAUUA